AUGAGCAUUUUUUUCAAGUCACCAAUUGAUAUCGAGAUUCUUUUCGAUAAUGAGGAAUCUCGCAAACAUGUCGAUGUUGCAACAAGAACAAGCAAUUCCAGUUAUAAAUCAAUGAAGGAAAGCCUACCAGUUUAUGAAGAUGGCGAGUCCCUAGGUGGGAUUGUUACUUUGAGGGUUCGCGAUGGUAAAAAGGUAGAACACCUGGGCAUAAAAGUGUCUGUCAUUGGAUCCAUUGAUAUGAUAAAAUCUCAUAGUAGUGGUACCUCCUCUACCAAAAAGGCUACUUCUAGCACAUCAUCUACCUCUUCUAAUGUUUCAGCAGACGUACGGAAAAACUCUGUUGAUCAGUUUUUGUGUCAAAGUUAUGACCUUUGUUCUGCAGGUGAAUUACAACAUUCUCAAAGCUUUCCGUUCCUCUUUAGAGAUUUGAGUAAAAGAUACGAGUCCUAUAAAGGCAGAAAUGUGGAUGUAGCAUACUUUGUUAAAGUUACCGUCAUGAGGAAAUCUACUGACAUUUCUAAAGUAAAGAGAUUUUGGGUCUAUCUUUAUAACAGUAUAACGACUGCGCCAAACACUCUUUCUGCGAACGAGAUACAAUCAAACCCUAAAGAUAUCAAAAGUGAAAGUAAUACAGCAGAUAAUGCUAAUCAAAAUAAAUCGAUAAAGGGUGCUCAAGGUGGAGCGGCAGACGGUAACCAAGUUUUACCUAUAUCACAUUCAGGCAAUGAACCCAAACCUGUUAGAUUAGAUAUUGGUAUAGAAAAUUGUCUUCACAUUGAAUUCGAAUAUGCCAAACCCCAAUACAGUUUAAAAGAGGUCAUUGUAGGACGUAUAUAUUUCCUUUUAACAAGAUUAAGGAUAAAACAUAUGGAAUUAAGCCUAAUUACAAGAGAAUCCUCCGGCCUACAAACUUCUAAUGUGAUGACGGAUUCGACAGCUAUCCGAUAUGAAAUUAUGGACGGAUCUUCGGUGAAAGGUGAGACUAUUCCUAUAAGAUUAUUCUUGAGCGGGUAUGACUUGACGCCCAAUAUGAGUUGUAAUUACUUUAACGUCAAGAAUUAUUUAAGCCUAGUUAUCAUCGAUGAAGACGGCAGAAGAUACUUUAAACAGUCUGAAAUUACAUUGUACCGUACGCGGUAA